GGGCCGGCUGGUGAGACCGUCCCGGCAGACGCAGCGCCAUGCGCGCCCCUCCUGCCAGGGCGCUGCUGCUGAUUCCGCGCCGGGGCCCUGCCGUGCGAGCGUGGGCCCCGGCCGUCUCCUCUCGGACAUGGCUGGCUUCUGAAUGGACCCCGCUCGUACGCGCGUGGACCUCUCUGGUCCACGAGCCGAGUCCGGGCCUCCGUUUUUCCGCGCCCCUAUCCGGGCUGCCUGGCGGCGUGGGGCGGUGGGCCACCUCCUCGGGGGCCCGCAGGUGCUGGGUGCUGGCAGGACCCCGCGCCGCGCAUCCCCUGUUCGCCAGGCUCCAGGGUGCAGUUGCCACCGGUGUGCGAGACCUUGGGAACGACUCGCAGCGGCGUCCCGCGGCGACCGGGCGCUCAGAAGUAUGGAAGCUCCUGGGGCUGGUGCGCCCCGAGCGCGGGAGACUGUCAGCUGCAGUUGGGUUUCUGGCUGUGUCCAGCGUCAUCACCAUGUCUGCCCCCUUCUUCCUGGGGAGGAUCAUUGAUGUCAUCUAUACCAACCCAAGUGAGGACUAUGGCGACAGCCUGACUCAGCUCUGUGCUGUGCUCACCUGUGUGUUCCUGUGCGGCGCUGCCGCCAACGGCAUUCGUGUCUACCUCAUGCAGUCUUCAGGUCAGAGCAUUGUGAACAGGCUGCGCACCUCUCUGUUCUCCUCCAUUCUAAGGCAAGAGGUUGCUUUCUUUGACAAGACCCGCACAGGCGAAUUGAUUAACCGCCUCUCCUCGGAUACCGCACUCCUGGGGCGUUCCGUGACUGAGAACCUCUCCGAUGGCCUGAGAGCUGGGGCCCAGGCCUCCGUGGGUGUUGGCAUGAUGUUUUUUGUGUCACCGAGCCUGGCCACCUUUGUUCUGAGUGUGGUACCUCCCAUCUCUGGCCUCGCUGUGAUUUAUGGGCGAUAUCUACGGAAACUGUCCAAAACCACACAGGACUCCCUGGCAGAAGCCACACAGCUAGCUGAGGAGCGAAUUGGAAACAUAAGAACCAUCCGAGCUUUUGGGAAGGAGAUGACGGAAGUGGAGAAGUACACCGGCCGAGUGGACCAGUUGCUGCAGCUGGCACAGAAGGAGGCCUUGGCACGAGCCGGCUUCUUUGGAACAGCUGGGCUCUCAGGAAACCUGAUUGUGCUGUCUGUCCUAUACAAAGGAGGCCUGCUGAUGGGCAGUGCCCAUAUGACAGUGGGCGAGCUCUCUUCCUUCCUCAUGUACGCUUUCUGGGUUGGAUUGAGCAUCGGAGGACUGAGUUCAUUCUACUCCGAGCUGAUGAAAGGCCUGGGUGCUGGUGGGCGGCUCUGGGAGCUGCUGGAGAGACAGCCACAGCUGCCUUUUAACGAGGGGAUAGUGUUAGAUGAGAAAACCUUCCAGGGUGCCCUGGAGUUCAGAGAUGUGCACUUCACGUAUCCUGCUCGCCCAGAGGUGUCUGUGUUCCAGGAUUUCAGUCUUUCCAUCCCAUCUGGAUCUGUCACAGCGCUGGUUGGCCCAAGUGGUUCUGGGAAAUCAACAGUGGUUUCGCUCCUGUUGCGGUUGUACGAUCCUGAUUCUGGAACAGUCAGCCUUGAUGGCCAUGACAUUCGUCAGCUAAACCCCGUCUGGCUGAGAUCCAAGAUUGGGACAGUGAGUCAGGAGCCAGUCCUGUUCUCCUGCUCUAUCGCUGAAAACAUUGCCUAUGGUGCUGACGACCUCUCCUCAGUCACAGCCCAGCAGGUGGAGAGGGCCGCAGAAGUGGCCAAUGCCGCCGAGUUCAUCCGUAGCUUCCCACAGGGCUUUGACACUGUGGUCGGGGAGAAGGGCAUCCUCCUGUCCGGUGGGCAGAAGCAGAGGAUCGCAAUAGCAAGAGCUCUGCUGAAGAACCCUAAAAUUCUUCUCCUUGAUGAAGCAACCAGUGCACUGGAUGCCGAAAAUGAGCACCUGGUCCAGGAGGCACUUGACCGGCUGAUGGAAGGAAGAACCGUGCUGAUCAUAGCCCACCGCCUGUCCACCAUUAAGAAUGCCAAUUUUGUUGCUGUCCUUGACCACGGAAAGAUCUGUGAACACGGGACACAUGAAGAGCUGCUUCUGAAGCCCAAUGGGAUUUACAGAAAACUGAUGAACAAGCAGAGCUUCGUGUCACAUAACGGAGCAGAGCAGUUCCUGGAACCUGCACGGGCGUAGCCUGCAGGGCAGGUAUUGGGUAAUUGAAGCAGGGCUGUGACUCUGUCAUAUACUCAUCAGUACCCUGUCCACAGACAGAAACAGCAGCAGCUAGCGGUGGGCCGUCUUGAGAGACCUUAAAACCAAACAGCAUUGCAGAGAACAGGGCCUGGAGGCUUUGUGAAGCCUGAGAGUAUACGUCAGUUAUAUGAAAUAUGCCUCUUUCCAUAGAUUGUGCACAAUGUCGUUUUACAGUGUACCUGUCCCCCAGACCUUUCUGCAGGUGUAAAAUCGUAGCUCACUUCCUGUGUGUGCUGUCAGAGUCGCGUUGUUCUCAGGUGACAACUUUCAAAAGGGAAUUAGAAACUUAAAGCCUAACUAAUUUCAGCCACUGGGGCACCUGCCUGGGGCCACCGAGGGAAAGUUUGAAGCGUCCAUUCUCCAUUAUCUUCGGGUGUCAGAGUUCUGAAACAGUACAGGGCUGUACCUGCCCAAAUGUGCAGUGCUCACCAUCUGGGCACCAGAGCCUCAUGCAUUUUGCCAAAGGAAGAAGUCCUGUUCGGUAAACUGGAAAGCUUCUAUUUUUUUAAUUACCUCCUUAUUUUAUGACUCCUUUUGAGAAGCAAGGUACAAAUAACCAGGUGUUAUCAAUAGAGGUGAAUGAAAGUCCCUGUCACAUUUGUUGAAGCAUGUAUUUUGAAAAGAAAAUACCCAUUUUAAAUAUGUGAUUCCCAGGUAUAUUGUAGUUUUAUAUUUUAAAUUUUUAUUAAUAAGACCGAAUCUGAAUAAUACAAUUUUCAGCCUUGAGUAUGAUGACUCUAGCAGAGGCAAGGCAACAGAAGGAACAUCAGCCUUUGGAAAGUAAGUUAAGACACAUGUUGUCCUGCCUCUGUGAUUCUAAGUCCUAGACACCAGAAGUCGACUUGCGGCAAGUGUGGCUGCCCUUCCAAGCACAAGAGAAAGUCUAACCAGAGUGCCAAGGCUAAGAGACUCUGCUGGGUCUGGGGGAGUGAAGGAACAACCUAAACCCAAGAGGGUAAUUGUUUUUUUUUUUUUUUUUUUUUGGUUUUUCGAG